UCCCUGCAGGUUUCAUGGACGUUCCUGCGGCUGAGUCGCCAUUAUUCCGACCUGCCCCCUCUCACCUUGGACGGCAUCCGGGAUCGGGUCCUUUACGUCUUGAAACUGUACGACAAAAUAGACCCAGAGAAACUCACAGCAAAAUCCCACUUCAUGAAAGAUCUGGGUUUGGACAGCCUGGACCAAGUGGAGAUCAUCAUGGCUAUGGAAGAUGAAUUCGGCUUUGAGAUUCCUGAUGUGGAAGCAGAGAAGCUGAUGUGUCCCCAAGAAAUUGUAGAUUACAUUGCUGAUAAGAAAGAUAUAUAUGAAUAAACACCUGUGUCUGUCAAGAUGAGAUAUUCUGUCCUUCUCUGAGGGCUUGGAUGAUGUGGGCAGGAAAAGGGUGUCUUGGCGAGCAAGUCCCCUCCUGGGUGCCACUCACUGAAUCACCAUUGGCCUCAGAUGGAUAGUUCUGUCGGCUGCUGUAUUGAAUGUUGUACAAAUAUAUGUUGGCCUUUGAAAUAAAUGUGAGGCUAAUACUGACUCCUUUAUUCUGACAA